UUGAAAUAAAUGUUAAUAAUGUAUUUUAUUUACCCCAACAUAUCUAAAACAGUCAUUUCAAUAUAAAUGUAACUUCAAUACUACCAUUAUCAAUAUAAAAUUACUAAGAUAUUUCACUUAAAUGUAUAUUUUACAUGUACACAUCUCAGUUCUGACCAGCCUCUUUUCAGAUACUCAGUAGCAACAUGUGGACAACACAACGGUAGGGACUGAAUUGGGUUAAGGUUGGAAAUAAAGAUUUAAUGGUUAAAUUUGAGUUAGAGAAUACAGAGAAAAAGAGAGUAAGUCCUAAGCUUUGCGUAGUAUCUCCUGUGAAAGAGCAGGUAAAAGAAGUGGAUUCAUGAGAGAUAGGCAAAGACAUGGGAAAAUGUCAUGUUGCAGGAUUGGGAAUGUUUAUUAGUAUUACAGGAAGGUGUCUCCAUACGUCUACAAGAAUGGGAAAGAGAAAUCAGGAGUGAACUUGCUCCAUUACCUUCCUCUUAGCUCAGUCCAACAAAGCACUGGAUGUAAUGAAUAUCAUUCUCCAUCUGAUAGAGCCUUUCUCCAAUGGGAUCAGCUUUUAUCUGCCCUUGGGAGGAGUGUGUUAGCUGGGCUGAGGGAAAUGUGGGGCACUCAGUUCAGGCCCAAGUUUAUUUACCCAUUUGGUAAAAUCAUGUUGGCUUGAAUUACUUGCUUAAACCUGCCUCAUGGUGGAGUUGGAGCCUAGUGCCCACAGAGUGAUCUGAUAUUCAGAAGCACAUAUAGUCUCACUGUGGUUUGGCUUUCCAUUCCCCUCUCUCCCACCACUCCCAAAUUUUCCAUAGCUCCCUAUCUCCAGCCUCAACAUCCCUUCCAUACCUUCCAUCCUCAUGGUUUUACACAAGCCCUUUCCUUCUGCCUGAGAUGCCUGUUAGUCUUUAUUACUUACUAAAAUCUUCAGAGCUGUGGGCUACUUUACCAUAUGUCAUGGCUCUUCUGUGUGCACACACUCUUGUAUGUUGCUGAAUUGUUUGCACCCCUGUAUUAUGUUGCAUGCUGCUAUUACCAUGGAUUAUGUAGUGAGAUUUCAUUACAGAUGUGCUGUGUCUACACUUUGCUCAUACAGCAGGAUGGGGAUAAGGAGUAUUGUAUAGAGUAAGCUUUGGUGCCUCAGAUAUGAAAAGCCUGUACAACAUUAAUAUCUCUGCAUAGCUUAAGUUAGAGAAUGAACUCCAUAACAUGGUAGGGCUCAAAUUACAGUUCUGUCAUUAACCACCUGUGUGAUCAUGGGCACGUUACCUAAUGCCUCUGAGCCUCCUUCUCCUCAAAGGUAAAAAUGUGGAUAAUAAAACAGAGCUUAUAGUGGGGAUAAUAGUACAUCCCUUCUAGCGUUGCCAUAAGGUUUAAAUAAGUCAGUGUAUUUGAAGCACGGUGGUGGUACCUGGCACAUGAGCAGUAUUUAAGGUAUUCUUGUUAUUAUUUAUUUAUCAAAUAUUUAAUAUCAUGUUUGUGCAAGCCUUCAUUCUAGGUGCUGGGGACACAGUGGUAAAAAAAUCCUACCCACUCUCAUGGAUGUUGCAUUUUCUGUAGCAGGGAGUUAAUUAAAAGGGGAAGGAAAUAUCAAGCUAGUGGCUUCUUUGGAAUCCUGCUUCUGGGCGAUUCUGCAGCCCUGACUUCUGGAAUCUCUUACAGCUGGGCUUUCCACCUGGAGGUCAUCCAGGGGCCCUUCCAUUAAAGGCAGCUGGGCUGGGAGCUGAACCUAGUGACUGAUGGGAAGAGGUGUCACUGAUUCCCAAGAGACGAAGACUUCCGUGUGUGGAACCUUGUUUUUGUUUAAGAUCUUGGAAAUGUCGAGCUGGAAAAUAAUGUUUGCUUCAUUAGUUCAUUGAAAAGAAAUAGGGGAUGCAGAGAGCAACUAAUGUCACCUAUCAAGCUCAUCAUGUCAGCAGGAACAAGAGAGGUCAGGUCGUGGGGACCAGAGGUGGUUUUCGUGGUUGCACAGUUUGGCUAACAGGCUUAUCUGGAGCAGGAAAGACCACAGUGAGCAUGGCCUUAGAGGAGUACUUGGUGUGCCAUGGCAUCCCAUGCUACACUUUGGAUGGUGACAACAUUCGUCAGGGUCUCAAUAAGAAUCUGGGCUUCAGUCCUGAAGACAGAGAGGAGAACGUUAGACGCAUCGCAGAAGUUGCUAAGCUGUUUGCAGAUGCUGGCUUAGUAUGCAUCACGAGUUUUAUAUCACCUUAUACUCAGGAUCGCAACAAUGCAAGGCAAAUUCAUGAGGGUGCAAGUUUACCUUUUUUUGAAGUAUUUGUUGAUGCCCCUCUGCACGUUUGUGAACAGAGGGAUGUCAAAGGACUCUACAAAAAAGCACGGGCUGGAGAAAUUAAAGGUUUCACUGGAAUCGAUUCUGAGUAUGAAAAGCCAGAGGCUCCUGAAUUGGUGUUGAAGACAGACUCCUGUGAUGUGAACGACUGCGUCCAGCAAGUGGUGGAGCUUCUGCAGGAGCGGGAUAUUGUACCUGUGGAUGCCUCUUACGAAGUAAAAGAAUUAUAUGUGCCAGAAAAUAAACUCCAUCUGGCAAAGACAGAUGCAGAGACAUUACCAGCAUUGAAAAUUAAUAAAGUGGAUAUGCAGUGGGUGCAGGUUUUGGCAGAAGGGUGGGCGACCCCACUGAAUGGCUUUAUGAGAGAGAGGGAGUAUUUGCAGUGCCUUCACUUUGAUUGUCUUCUGGACGGGGGUAUCAUUAACUUGUCAGUGCCUAUAGUUCUGCCGGCUACUCAUGAAGAUAAAGAGAGGCUGGACGGCUGUACGGCAUUUGCUCUGAUGUACGAGGGCCGCCGUGUGGCCAUUCUUCGCAACCCAGAGUUUUUUGAGCACAGGAAGGAGGAACGCUGUGCCAGACAGUGGGGAACAACAUGCAAGAACCACCCUUACAUCAAGAUGGUUAUGGAACAAGGAGAUUGGCUGAUUGGAGGAGAUCUUCAAGUCUUGGACCGAAUUUACUGGAAUGAUGGUCUUGAUCAGUAUCGUUUCACUCCUACUGAGCUAAAGCAGAAGUUUAAAGAUAUGAAUGCUGAUGCUGUGUUUGCCUUUCAAUUACGCAACCCAGUGCACAAUGGACAUGCUCUGUUAAUGCAGGAUACCCAUAAGCAACUUCUAGAGAGAGGCUAUCGGCGCCCUGUCCUUCUCCUUCACCCUCUUGGUGGCUGGACAAAGGAUGAUGACGUUCCUUUGAUGUGGCGAAUGAAGCAGCAUGCCGCAGUGCUGGAGGAAGGAAUCCUGAAUCCUGAAACGACAGUGGUGGCCAUCUUCCCAUCUCCCAUGAUGUAUGCUGGGCCAACUGAGGUCCAAUGGCAUUGCAGAGCACGGAUGGUUGCAGGAGCCAAUUUUUACAUUGUUGGACGGGACCCUGCUGGCAUGCCUCAUCCAGAAACAGGGAAGGAUCUGUAUGAGCCAACUCAUGGUGCCAAAGUGCUGACAAUGGCCCCUGGCCUGAUCACCUUGGAAAUAGUUCCCUUUCGAGUCGCAGCUUACAACAAGAAAAAGAAGCGUAUGGACUACUAUGACUCUGAACACCAUGAAGACUAUGAAUUUAUUUCAGGCACACGAAUGCGCAAACUUGCUCGAGAAGGCCAGAAGCCUCCAGAAGGUUUCAUGGCUCCCAAAGCCUGGACUGUGCUGAUGGAAUACUACAAAUCCUUGGAGAAAGCUUAGGCUGUUGACCUAGUCACUCCACCUUUGACACUUCACUGAGUAACAAGAGGGGACCACAUAAUUACUGUUGGCAUUUCUUUGUGGUGGUGUCUGUCUGGAUACACUUCCUAAAAACAGACCACUUUCCUUAACUAGCAUCAGUUUUGGUCUGCCUUAUGAGUUUUGUUUUGAACUAGUGUAAUACACUGCUGGUUUUAAUGUAUCUCUUCCACUUAUUAUAGUUAAUAUUCCUACAGUACAAUUUUAAAAUCUUGUCUUUUUAUAUUAUAUUUAUGCUUCUGUCUUAUGAUUUUUUCAAGCUGUUGUAUUAGUUGUAACCAAUAGUAUACACAUUGAAUCUCAUUUUUCAUCCCUUGAAAAAAGAAAAAAUCCACUAAACAAUAAACUUGGCUAGACUUUGUUUUGGGAAUUUUACAAAACAUCUGUAGCAAUUAGAUUUUCUUUUUCUACAUUGAAAAAAUAAACUGCUUUCUCCUUUCCUUCUAAUAAGCUAUUGAUCUCUCAGCUAGCUGUUAUAAUCUAUUCUUAUGAUCUGUGUAAGCCCUGAAUGAACUUUCGUUAUUCAAUAACAUUAAACUUUUUGGCUUCUUA